UUGAUAUAAAAAGGCCAAAUUUUUAUUCUGCACAUCAUCACAUCAUCACAAUGCAAUCGACUGUCUUUACUGUACUUGCGCUAACAGCCACCAUUCUUGGUGCUCCUCAACUUCAUCCAGAUCGUCAUGCUGUAAUUCUUAAAUACGAUAACAACAAUGGUGGCGAAGAAGGUUACAAUUUUGGAUUUGAAACAAGCAACGGAAUUUCGCACCUCGAAACCGGACAGCUUGUCAAUAUCGGUACCGAAGGGGAGUCGAUGGUGGUUAGGGGGCAAUACUCUUACGUGGGCUUGGAUGGCGUCGUGUACACCGUAACUUACGUGGCGGACGAAAAUGGGUUUCAUCCCCAAGGUGCUCACAUCCCACGUUAGCUAGUAGUUAUGUAAAGCAACGAAAAUUAAAUCAUGACCUCUACUUUCUACAGAAGGAAAUGGUGCAUCGUCAAGGUGUAAUUGUAACAAUUAUUGUC